CUUCGGCGCAUGCGUGCACGGCUCGGACGAGAGUGGUGGCGGCGCUUGUAUUUCUGGCUCUGAACUUGGCCAUGGACACCCUGACUCCUGAGGGGGAAGCCCCCCCACUCUCUGCAGCGAUGAGGGCGAAGAUCGAACGGAACCGUCAGCGGGCUCUGAUGCUGCGGCAGGCCAGGCUGGCCACUCGGCCGUAUCCGGCCACCGGCGAAGGCAGUUCAAAAGUUAAAGCGCCUCCUAAAGUAACAGAUACCGGGGGAGGAUUCUUUCUGGAGGAGGAGGAAGAAGAGGAAGACGUGGCAGAGAAGAUUGUUCACCUUCCAGGGCCUGUGUUAGGAUGUGACUAUCUUAUCUGUGAAGAAUGUAGUAAAGAAUUCAUGGACUCCUACCUCAUGAGCCACUUUGAUCUAUCAACCUGUGAUAAUUGCAGAGACGCAGAAGAUAAGCAUAAGCUCAUAACAAGAACUGAAGCGAAGGAAGCGUACCUUCUAAAAGACUGCGACUUAGACAAGAGAGAACCAGUGCUCAAGUUUAUUUUGAAGAAGAACCCCCAUAACCCCCGGUGGGGCGACAUGAAACUAUAUUUAAAACUGCAGGUAAUAAAGCGCUCUCUUGAAGUUUGGGGUAGCGAAGAGGCAUUAGAAGAAGCCAAAGAAAGUCGCCAAGACAGCCGAGAGAAAAUGAAGCAGAAAAAGUUUGAUAAAAAAGUUAAAGAGCUACGUCGAGCUGUAAGGAGCAGCGUUUGGAAAAAAGACACCAGCAUCCACCAACAUGAAUAUGGAGCGGAAGAAAUGGUGGAAGAGGACUUGUACAAGAAGACCUGUAUCACCUGUGGUUAUGAAUUAACAUAUGAAAAAAUGUAAAUAGACUUGCUUUUGUAGAAAAAUGCACUUUUUAUAAUGACUCUCCAGUAAAAUGUAUCACUUGUUAAUCUUUGCUGUUUUUUAACACACUGAACCACACACUAGUUGAACAACAUGUUACAUGUGUGGUCUGUUCUCUAGCACCUAUUCAGUAAUGCACAUUUUAAAGCAAGUAAUGGAAGGAUGAGUGUUCUCAGUACAGAGUUCCUUUGCUUGCAGUAAUUUCUCUGUUUUCUUUAGGAGAGGAAGGAGACUGGGUGUAUGCUACUUUAUUAAAUAGUGGCUACUGAAUAUGUAGCUUUGUGCACGGGUACAUGUGGAUAUUUGGAGCAAGGUGCAUCACAAUCCUAAAGAGCUACACUGUCAAACAACAGUAGGCAAAGGGCUCUAGGAAUAAUGGUCACACAAUUAAUUAUCAGGUCUCUUUAGUUAUUAGUUCUCAUGUAGUGCCCCCAUCUUCUGCAAGAGCCCUGAUUAAAGUCAUGGCUGCCUGUCUCUAGUCUAGGCUGCCACAAUCUA